CUCCCAAUGCGGUGGCUUUGUGGAUGUGAAUUAGUGAGCGGUGGGUGAAAAGCAUGCAUUCAUCCUGUGGGGUGUGAAAAACACACACGACGUAAUGUAUCAGUCAGCGGGUAGACUGCUUUUUAAAACAGUUCAUUAACAUGAACCGCAUUGUGUCUACACUGUAAAAAAAAAAGAAGAAGUUGCUGCUCCGUUUAUUUGCCUGGUUUCAAUGGAAUACUGCAAAUGUUUCAUUGGCAAAUAGGACUGCUAUAGCUGUCACUUGUGAGCGUGUGCAUUGCUUCAAUCGUGGUCUGGAAUGUGAUAUAUCCUAAUCCAGAAGUUAUACUGAAGACGACUUAUCUUCCGAUGGUACUGCAAAGAGAAAUAAUGGAUGGGAUCGGCAACACGAUGCAAAAGAAGGCUGCCGAGCUGGAGCGCAUGGCCGAGGUGCUGGUCACUGGAGAACAGCUGAGGCUGCGGCUCCACGAAGCGAAGGUGAUCAAAGAUCGUCGACACCACCUAAGAACCUACCCCAACUGUUUCGUUGCCAAGGAGCUCAUCGAUUGGCUAAUGGAACACAAGGAGGCCUCGGACAGAGACACGGCCAUCAGGAUCAUGCAGAAGCUGCUGGACCAGAGCAUCGUUCACCACGUAUGUGACGAGCACAGGGAAUUCAAAGACCUGAAAUUGUUUUACCGCUUCCGGAAAGAUGAUGGGACCUUCCCCUUGGACCAUGAGGCCAAGGUCUUUAUGAGGGGACAGAGGAUUUAUGAGAAGCUGAUGAACAUGGAGAACAACCUAUUGCAGACCAGGGAGGAGGAGGACGGGGCCUAUGAACAGACCUUGGUGGCCUCCGAGUUCAUCGAUUGGCUGCUGCAGGAGGGAGAGAUCGCGACCAGACAGGAGGCAGAGCAGCUAGGCCGGAGACUUCUAGAACACGGCAUCAUCCAACACGUGAGCAAUAAGCACCACUUCAGCGACGGGCCCCUGCUGUACCAGUUCAGGAUGAACUUCCGCCGGCGCAGGCGUCUGAUGGAGCUGCUGGCCGAGCGUGGCCGGAUCCCAGAGAGCCACGACAGCCCCUUCUGCCUGCGGAAGCAGAACUCCGACGGGGGCAACACCAGCUUCCUCUCUGUGAGCCCCACCAAGGAGAUCAAGGUGGUGGUGGGGGCGCGGCGCAGCAGCAUGAGCAGCAGCUGUGGCUCCAGCGGUUACUACAGCAGCAGCCCCACCCUCAGCAGCAGCCCCCCGGUCCUCUUCAACCCCAAGUCUGUCUUGAAGAGACAAAUCAGCCCCGAGGAACUCCAGGCCCCGGGAGGAGCUUUCACAAAGAAGACUGUCACUAUCGUGGGGGACGCGGUGGGCUGGGGCUUCGUGGUGCGGGGCACCAAGCCGUGCCACAUCCAGGCGGUGGACCCCAGCGGGCCGGCGGCAGCGGCCGGGAUGAAGGUGCGUCAGUUCGUGGUGUCGGUGAACGGCCAGAGCGUCCUCUCCCUUGACUACCGCACCGUCAGCGACCUCAUCCUCACCGGCCCCCGCACCGUGGUGAUGGAGGUGAUGGAGGAGCCGUCCUGCUGAGAGACGUCCGACGGGGAUGUCGUGGCAGGCAGCACUUCUGGUGGUUUAAGGGAGCAACCUUUGGCAAAACCUUCUGGACUAAAAGUUAUGGACCACCAUAAUCGUUUUUUUCCCAGAAUGCUAUCUUUUUCAAGAAACGCUGGCGUAUGAAGGUGUAUUUAGACGGUAAAAAAGACCCGCCAAACCAGGUAACUUUAUAAAUCACCAUAAACAAUGAGGUAAAAGGCUCUUUAAUGGCCGUAAAUGGUCACAGAAGGCCAUACAAUGUUGCUCAUUGUGUUCCUCUCUAAGAAUGGAGAUUCAUAGAAAACCUCCAUAGCCUUUUCUUUGUAUUCUGUGGUUCACUCUCUCAGAAGGUGCAUUUCCUGCCGCCUCCCCCUCUCUUUGAUUGGUGGUACUCAAAACCGUAAGUUCUCAUUCACUUUUCAGGGUGGAAAGGUUGAGUUGACCUUCCCUCAGAAAAAGGAAAACUGGCUCCACACUGCCCUCUGCUGGGCAUAUACACAAACAGGGAGGAGGUGUGAUCUGACUGUUCCGCUUUUUAUUGAAGCUUGGUUUUGGGGAGUUUCCACAUAAGCUCCGAAGAUAUUUCCACUCUCGGAGUCAAUCCCAAGUAUUAAUCCUGAAGGGACGAUGUAUUAGAAUAGAGACCGAAGGAAUCCCUUCAUAUUGAGACAUGGCAUACUAUUUUGACAUGAUAAUCUUCUAAUCAAUUUAUAAAAGACGUCCAUACAGAAAGACCUAAAGCACUUAAUCCAAAAGAAAAAAAUCUCUGAAAACUUGAUUAUGUGAAUUUUUGGGGCAGAUUUGUAAAGUAGUUAUACAUAGUUGAUGUGGUUCCUUUUUAUAUAAACUUUAAUCGGUGAAGAAAUGUAUGGUUUUAUACAAUAGCAUUAGUUAUCCUAUGCCAUUCAUUUAAUUUCCUCCAAUAUUAUACUAACCCUAUUUUUUUUUUUGUAAGGUUUGUAAAAAAAAAAAAAUCUCCCAUCCUUGAUUGUGGUAGGCUUGCAAGCCAAUAAUCCCCCACACAAAAAAUUAUCUAAAAUAUCUGAAUCUGAAAGCUUUUGUGGGACAGAUUUUUGUUUUGAAACAAAGCACUUAAAAGUCAUUUUAGCAUUUCAGGUAAUUGGCUGGCUAUAAUUAGAUAAUUAUUGUAUCCAAUAUUCAAUUCUGACUGUUAGGAUGAAUAUAUGUAAACGUGUCAUUGGAGCAUAACAAAAUCUUUCUACAUAUUCAAAAGCUUCCUAAAGUUGAUUGGUCUUGAUAAACACCAUGUAGACAGAGCUUUUUUAUGUUUUUUUAUUUUUAUUUUUGCAUUAGCAUUAGCUCCCAUUGUCAUGCUGCGGCUAUUAGAACCGUUGUAGCGUAUUUUUUGUAUGUUCAUUAGCAUUUCCUUUAAUCAUUCAGGAGGACGAAUUCAUCUCCAACUGGAUUUAAGAAUUUGACGGGAAAUAAAGCAAUUAUUUGUUGAUGGUAAUAACGGAUUCCUCCCAUAGUGGGGGUUCAGAGCACAGGAGGGGUACAGAAGGACUUCUGCAAUUUAUGAUUCAGGUAGAUUAUUUUUUUUUCGUUUUUUUGCUUUUAAUUCAAAUCCAACUAUGUAUGUGAGGUGCGCAAAUACACUGUACAAGCUAUUCAUAGGACCGUUCAAUGUUUUGGUUGUUUAAUGUUUGCUGAUGCCAAACCCGUCCUCCAUUUUGUUACAGCUGUUGCCAUACAUUCCAGAAUAUUCUGGUUAAAGUUCCACAAAUCGCAACACACUGCUUUUGCGGUUUUACCAAUGCUAACCUAUUUGAAGUUUAUCUUUUGUUUAAGUUUGCUCUGUAGUUGGUUCUGAUGAUUUUUAUAAUUGCUGAGGCAUACCUUUUUUAAUGAUGAAAGGAGUUGAUUUGUUUGUUAUUGUCUAACCCUAUGAGAGAAAUAUCACUGAUAUGAUUUUGGAUUAUUCUUUACUAGAAUAGUUGUGUGAAUGCAACCUGUGCAUAGCAUACUGCGAGCAAUUCAUUCAUGAAUGGUAAAGACAUUAAACCAGUAGUUUGAGAGACUUUUGAAAUGAGAACAUCCACAUUUAAAACUUAACAUUUGUUUUUCAUGCUAAAAAGUGGAUCUAAUUUUUUAUUUUGGAUCAUUCAUGUAAAAUAAGCUUUUUGGAAGUAGUAUUUCGUUUUUUCAUUGCUGGGUUACUGUAGUUUGGAGAGCUAUCAGAUAUAUUGCUAAGCUUGAGAACAUUUGCCUUAAGGAAUCCUAAUUUGCUGCUAGUUAGUGUUGCUCUCUCUCUCUCUCUCUCUCUCUCUCUCUCUCUCUCUCUCUCUCUCUCUCUCUCUCUCUCUCUCUCUCUCUCUCUCUCUCUCUCUCUCUCUCUCUCUCUCUCUCUCUCUCUCUCUCUCUCUCUCUCUCUCUCUCUCUCUCUCUCUCUCUCUCUCUCUCUCUCUCUCUCUCUCUCUCUCUCUCUCUCUCUCUCUCUCUCUCUUAUUUCUUGUAUUACUUACCAAAUGUGUUUAGACAAAUGUGUUGAAAGAGACUCUUCCUGACUGGUUGAGCUGGGGUUUGAGCAUUCAGGCAGCGAUGUUCGCGGCUGUUGAUCACUAUCAGAGUGAGGUGAAGACAAGGAUCUCACGGUACCGUAGUCUGUUUUUAAUGACGCAGCUUCAAGGCAUUCUGACGUUCAGAUGUAUUACAGGUUCAUCAUGUGUUUAAUAAACAUACCAGUUUGAUCAGUAUGUGAUUUGAUUGGGGUUUUUGAGUUCAA